CCUUCCUCCUCUCAAGAGUACAGAGUAAGCUCUAUCUUCUCAACCCAGAAAUUAACUUGGUUAGAAACCAAUACUUUCUCGCCUUUUCUACAGUUUUUCAACUUGUAAACGUAAAGUUUCUAUGAAUUUUUUUGGCCUUUUCAAGCUUCUGAGGUGACAUGAAAUGUGCUGAUUCUGAAACAUAAUUAAGUUUUGCAUUUCAAGUCAACAUGAAUCCUGUAAUACCAUGCUCCACGGGCAUUAUCUCAUUUAUUCCUGAAAGUGCAUUUACUGCAAGGAGAAGUGAUUCUUUGACAACACUCAAUUUAUCAAGGAAGUCUGUAAAACAUGGAUCAUCAAAACCAAGGUUUCUUGUACCUCCAUUUGUUUCCAUUGGACUGAUUUCAAAGAACCAAAGAAUACUUUCGUUUAAUGGAAAAUCUAGAACCAGUAUAUCAGCUACAGAAACAGAUAUAGCUGUGGAGGAACCGGAUUCACCUGCGGCAAAUGAUGACUCUAUUGAAACUUCUGAAGCUCCUUCAAAAGAAGUUGGUACAAGUGAAGAUUUGUCUCUUAAGUCCAAUGCCAGUACUGCUUCAGCUAAAGCCAAACGUUCCAGACCUGCUAGGAAAAGUGAGAUGCCUCCUGUAAAGAAUGAGGAUUUGAUUCCUGGAGCAACUUUUUCUGGGAAAGUAAAAUCAAUCCAACCAUUUGGGGCCUUUAUUGAUUUCGGAGCCUUCACAGAUGGCCUUGUUCAUGUUUCAAGGUUGAGUGAUAGCUAUGUUAAAGAUGUUGCAAGUAUAGUUUCAGUUGGACAAGAAGUGAAUGUGAAGCUAAUUGAAGUUAACACUGAGAGUCAGCGUAUUUCUCUCUCUAUGCGUGAAAGUGAUGACAUUGGUAAGCUGCGGCAACAAAAAGAUGCACCAGUCAGUUCAGCUAAGACUGGACCUGGGAGGAGGAACACAUCAAAGCCCAGUUCAAAGAAAGAUGAUGUGAAAAGAAGCACCAAGUUUGUGAAGGGGCAGGAUCUUGAAGGUACAGUGAAGAAUAUGACCAGGAGUGGUGCUUUUAUAUCUCUUCCUGAUGGAGAGGAAGGCUUUUUACCCAUAUCUGAGGAGUCUGAUGAUGGAUUUGAGAAUGUUAUGGGUAACUCUUCAUUGCAGGUUGGUCAAGAAGUCAGUGUACGAGUUUUGCGUAUCUCAAGAGGACAAGUAACAUUGACUAUGAAGAAAGAGGAAGAUAUAGCAGAAUUGGACUCCCAACUUAGCCAAGGGGUUGUCCAUGCCGCAACAAACCCUUUUGUUUUAGCUUUCCGCAAGAACAAAGAAAUUGCUUCAUUUUUAGACGAGAGAGAUAAUGUGAAAAAACCAGUUGAAAAUACAUCAACAGAAGAAAUCAAAGAAACUGUCCUGCAACAGGAGACUGUAAUUGAUGUCCCUGAAAAGCUGGAAGAACCAGUAAAAGAUAAUCUCAAGGAUGACAAUUAUGAGAGUAAGGCGGAUGUGGAAGGCAGCUUGUUGGAUAGUGCCUCAAGAGCUACUGUAGGUGAUGCAAGAAACCCAGUAAGCAACAUCUCUGACCCGAUAUCAGGUGUUGAUGCUGCCACUGAGAAGGAAGCAGUGGUGGUGACUUCUGGUGGUUUGGCUGCUGAGGGUGAUUCAUCCACAUCAAAUCAAAUUGUUGAGGAAGCAGCUCAAACUGAUGUUGCGGCAAGCAAUGCUGGAGCUGACUCACCUCUUGAAAUAGCCAGUGAAAAUGUAAAUGAUAAAACUGAAAAGGGUGAUUCCAAAAGUCUGUUGGAUGCAGGAGCCAGCUCAUCAGAUGGGGAAUCAAAAGCUGAUGUGAAUAAUGAAAGCGAUGCAGUAAGCAAUAUCUCUAGUUCAAACUCCAGAGUAGAGGGUGCCUCUGAGAACAAAGAGAAUGUGACUUCUGGAAUUCUGGCUCCUGAAAGAGAUGAUGCAUCAACGGCAAAUCAAAUUAUUGAAGAAGUAACUCAAAUUGAUGUUGUAGCAAGCCAUAUAACAGACUCACCUCCUGAAACAGAUAGUGAAAUUGUGGGAGAAAGUAGGAUUGAUCUUUCUGUUGUGAAGGAUGAAAAGCAAUUGCAAACAUCUGAUGCAGAUGAACAAUCUGCUACUGCAGCACCAACUGAUAACAAUGGAGUUGACCUUAGCCCUGAAAUAAAUGGCAGCAUUAAAGGGUUGGAAUCAGAUAUUCUAUCUAAUAAUGCACCAACUCCUCUGGAAAUUGCAGAUGACAAAGCAGGAGCCGUGCUUGAGAACAACAGCAAUGAUAUUAGUUCAAGUGGACAAACCGGCAUGCUAUCAUCUCAGGAAAGCUUGAGCACAGUUGUAGAAAAUUCAGUGAAUGAACCCAAUGAAGUGCAAGAACAAGCACCUGCCACUGAGAAUGAAAAUUCUUUUUCCUCACAAGUUGAAAGUAAAGAGGUUAAAAGUGCACCUGAGACAAAUAACAGCUUAUCUAAUGCAAAUGGUCAAACUGGUGUUUCUGCUUCAGAGCAAGGCUUGAGUAAAGCAACUAUAUCACCAGCUCUUGUUAAGCAGCUUCGGGAAGAAACAGGAGCUGGAAUGAUGGAUUGCAAAAGGGCUCUUUCAGAGACUGGAGGGGACAUUAUUAAAGCACAGGAGUUUCUCAGAAAAAAAGGCUUAGCUAGUGCAGAAAAGAAAGCGAGCAGAGCCACAGCUGAAGGAAGAAUAGGAUCCUAUAUUCAUGACAGCAGGAUUGGUAUUUUGGUUGAGGUAAACUGUGAGACAGAUUUUGUCUCCCGGGGAGAAAUUUUUAAAGAGCUUGUUGAUGAUAUGGCCAUGCAAGUGGCAGCAUGCCCUCAAGUACAGUAUCUUGACAUCGAAGAUGUUCCUGAAAGUAUUGUGAACAAAGAAAAAGAAAUAGAGAUGCAGAAAGAAGAUUUAUUAUCAAAACCAGAGCAGAUAAGAGCAAAGAUUGUUGAAGGCCGAAUAAGAAAAAGGCUUGAGGAGCUAGCAUUGCUUGAGCAGCCGUAUAUUAAGAAUGAUAAAGUGGUAGUAAAGGACUUGGUCAAGCAGACUAUAGCAACCAUUGGAGAAAACAUCAAAGUUAAGAGAUUUGUACGGUUCAAUCUUGGAGAGGGCUUGGAGAAGAAAAGUCAGGAUUUUGCUGCCGAAGUGGCUGCACAAACUGCUGCAAAAGCUGUGCCUGCACCAGAAAAAACAGAACCUACUCCUGCUGCCAAGGAACCAGAGCAGAAACCGCUUUCAGUAGCAGUCUCUGCUGCAUUGGUUAAGCAGCUUCGAGAAGAUACCGGAGCAGGGAUGAUGGACUGCAAGAAAGCUCUUGCUGAAACUGGAGGUGAUCUUGAGAAGGCACAGGAAUACCUAAGAAAAAAGGGUCUCUCAUCUGCUGAGAAGAAAUCCAGCAGGCUGGCAGCUGAAGGCAGAAUUGGUUCAUACAUUCAUGAUUCACGCAUCGGGGUUCUAAUUGAGGUGAACUGUGAAACUGAUUUUGUCGGUAGAAGCGAUAAAUUCAAGGAGUUAGUUGAUGAUCUUGCAAUGCAAGUUGUGGCCAGCCCCCAAGUGCAGUUUGUAUCCGUUGAAGACAUUCCCGAGAGUAUAGUGAACAAAGAAAAAGAAAUUGAGAUGCAGAGAGAUGACAUUCUUUCAAAACCUGAGAACAUCAGAGAAAGAAUAGUUGAGGGAAGAGUCUCAAAGAGGCUUGGGGAGCUUGCUCUUCUAGAGCAACCUUUCAUUAAGGAUGACAACGUUCUAGUUAAGGAUUUCGUGAAGCAAACAGUAGCUGCGAUUGGAGAGAACAUUAAAGUGAGACGUUUUGUAAGGUUCACACUUGGAGAGACAGCUCAAAGUGAAACAACCAUACCCUCAGCAUAAGAUGAGUAUUGACUUGAGGAUUAAAUGAAAACAGGGGAAUUCACUCUAUUGAUAUAACUGCAAUGUGAUUCUUUGUACCUUCAAGAUGUGCAUUCGGCAUCGACCUUUUGUACUAAUCUGUAUCUACAUUAGAUACACGAGGACUACUUUUUCUGUAUUAUUAUUUCUGCGUUGUAAGCUGAGCAAGGAAAACGAACUAGGUGGAUGCAGUUUUGGAUUAUUAAUUAGAGAAGUCCUUGAGUAAAUUAAUUUUAA